AUGGUUGCUACAUUAUGGAAUGGGGCUCCGGCUUUAUCAACAGUGCAAAAGUGGGCAGCUGAAUUUAGGACGGGAAGGAAGAGUCUUAAAGAUGAUCCAUGGUCUGAGCGUUCUGAAACUGCCACCACCGAGGAAAAUAUUGAUUAUGUUCAUCACAUGGUGAUGGAUGACAAACAAUUCACUAUAAAUCAAAUAGCAGAUACAGUUAGCAUAUCUCGUGAGAGUGUUGAGAAUAUUCCGUACAAUGAACUUGACAUGACGAAGGUUUCCGCUUGUCUUCUGACACCCGAUCCGCGUCUUCUGACGCCUGAGGAAAAGCGCACCAGGCUGAUUACUUCAUGGCAAAACCUGAGAUUGUUUGAAGCAGAUCAAGCUACACUAUGUUUCCGUUUAUUAUGA